GUGGUGGAGGCUGCCGGGGCGCCCUUCACCCUCCUCCUCUUGUUUCCCGCCAGUAAGCCUCCUGCUGUCCACGUGAACCCUGAACCUGCCUCCUCCGCCACCAUGAGCGACCAUGAGGAGGAACACACCAUCGCGGAGGACCUCGUCGUCACCAAGUACAAAAUGGCCGGGGAAAUAGUGAAUCGAGUCCUGAAGAUUCUAGUAGGAAAAUGUGUGCCUCUGGCCUCAGUCCGUGACAUCUGUGCUGAGGGGGAUCGUCUCCUUGAGGAGGAAACCAGCAAAGUGUUUAAAAAGGAGAAGGAUUUGAAGAAAGGUAUUGCCUUCCCAGUAUGUGCAUCCGUCAACAACUGCAUCAACCAUUACUCUCCCCUUGCCUCAGAAGGGGACACCAUCCUUCAGGAAGGCGAUCUAGUCAAGAUUGAUAUGGGGGCACACAUUGAUGGCCUCAUUGCUGUGGUUGGGCACACAGUGGUGGUUGGAGCAUCAAAGGAGAAUAAGGUCAAGGGACGACAAGCCGAUGUGAUGAUGGCAGCCCACAAUGCAGCUGAAGCAGCCUUACGUUUAGUCAAGCCUGGUAAUCAGAACUUUGCCGUCACAGACACAGUCACAAAGAUCGCUGAAGUUUACAAGUGCAAGCCAGUGGAAGGCAUGCUGUCCUUCCAGUUGCAGCAGGGCAGAAUUGACGGAGAGAAGACCAUCAUACAGAACCCCACUGAAGCUCAGCGAAAAGAAGUUGAGAAGCACGAUUUUGAGACACAUGAAGUUUAUGGUGUUGAUGUGAUAAUUUCAACUGGAGAGGGCCAGGGGAAAGAAGCAGAAGCCCGAGUAACUGUAUUCAGGAAAACAGAAGAAAGCUACAGCCUGAAGCUGAAGGCAUCAAGAGAAUUCUUCAGCAAGGUUCAGAAGAAUCAUGGUACAAUGCCCUUCAAUAUCAGAUCUUUUGAUGACGAGAAGAAGGCCAGGUUAGGUGUGACGGAAUGUGUGGCUCACAAGCUAGUAGAUCCAUAUCCAGUUCUCUGGGAGAAGAGUGGAGAGUUUGUUGCACAGUUCAAGUUCACUGUCCUCUUGAUGCCAACUGGCCAGCAUAAGAUCACUGGACUGCCCUUCGAGAACUCUUUGUAUGACACUAAAUACAAGAUAGACGACCCCGAGCUGAAGCAAAUUAUCACAGCCUCCACAAAUAACAAGAAUGCCAAGAAGAAGAAAAAGAAGGCAGAGAGGGAAGCAGCCACAGUAGUGAAGAGUGAGGACUAGCACCACUUUGAAGCAGGACUGCCACACUUGACCCCAACAAACACCAGGUAUCCAGGGAAAUUGGAUUAGUUUUCCCAGGAGAAAUUUCCCUCCAUUUUUCUCUUUGAAAAUUAUCUUUUAAAAGUAUCUCAGUGCAUAACUUUCAUUACUUGUUACACAAGCAGUUUAAAAAUAAUUGGAUCUUUUCCUUUUAAAUCACAAUUGGGUUGAAUUUGUUUUUGCAAUCAUAUCGGACUUUAGUUCACUUGUGAUCACUUUUAAGUAGUUAACGAAAUGUACUUAGAUAAUUUCCGGUGACUCCUAAAGUACCAGCUUUAGUUUUUUAUUAAUUUUAUUCGAAUGUGAAUGUUUUCUCCAAAGCGUAUUGUGUUCAUCACAUCAGUACAUUUGUAAAACAACUUUAGUAUAGUUUAACUUCUUGUGGCAGAAAAAGAUGCUCCUUAGCAGACCCCCUUACUCUCCUAUGUUGAACUACCUUGGAUUUUAUUGCAGUAUGUACCCCUUAACUGUUGCAUAAGAAUGCUGCUUCAGCAUAAAAUGCAACCUCAAAGAUAUCAUAAAGAAAGCCUAUAUGGCUUUGAAGACAAAAGUACAUAUUAUGUACUUGGAUCUUUGCCUGGCACAUGUAGAUCAAGUUUUCUAAUGAUAUACUCUCACAUAGGUCAACAAACUUGCCAAAUGGGGAGUGCAUUGUUCUUGCCUCCCCAAGACAAUGACCAUCAAUCAUGUGCAUUUUUAACUGGUCCCCUAUCCAGUGUCUUCACCUCAGAGGUUAUUUUGUAUAUCCUUUGUACAAAUCUGUAGUUAAGGUAAAUUUCACCUACACAGCGGCAAUAACCAAUAAAGAUUUGCAACUAAAAUUUCCCUCACUCUCAGCUGCCUUCUCCUUUAAAUUUAUAUCUUGCUUUAAUUUUUAUUUUGAACUUGUUGCAGUGAAAACGUAGGCAUGUGUGAAGAAUUGUUAUGUUUAUAAUGGUUGUGGUUUUGAAUGGCUUCUAUACAGGUAUUGAGCCUAUGCAGAUGAUUAACACUGUCAUCCUUUUCUCGAGAUAUUUUUAUAAAUAAGGAAUUAUUGCUUAGGUAUUUCUUAAUACCUUAAUAAUAUUUUAUUUGACGAGAAACUAAUAAAAAAAAUAUCUCUGGCACCAGCGCUUGGUAUUGAUUGAUUAUAACCAAGUAGCUGUCUACCUUUCUUGGUUUUAAGUUUUCCAAGACUAGCCUUGUGCAAAAAAGUCAUAACUUUAAAUAAUCAGUUGUAAAUUGACCUUCAUGCAUGGAAAAUUAUAGGCAUGCAUUUAUAUUUCGUGUUCAGUGUUUGGCAGGCCUUCAAUACAUUGUUACUUCUGAAGGUGAUGCAUAAGUUUAGUUUUUUUGUGUGAAGUAAAUUUUAGAUUGAGUUAAUACGCUUUACUGAAUGUAUGAGUUUGACAAUCUUUUUGUAUAUAUAUAAUUGCUUUUUUUACAUAACUAAAACACUUCUCAACUGUUUUGUUCAGAAUACUUACUACAUUUCAGUUUUAUUGACUGACAAAAAAUUAAAAAUGGCUUAAACUCAAGAAAGUUGCUUGAUGAAACAAGGUUGUUUGUUGUGCAUAAAAAGGAAUGCAUAUCAUUCCAUUUUUUUCCACCUCCCCAAAAAGUUUGGGUCCCCCCCCCCCCAUUUUUUUUUUUUGACAUCAAUUUGGCAUCAAAAAAAAAAAAAAAAAAAAGAUUGAAAACUUAAUGAAUGCUCCACACAUAUUCCUCUCCUAUUUGAGAUCAAUGUUACUUUACUCAUUCUGCACAACGGAUGAACCAGGUAUUGAGCACUUUGCUGGUAGUGUUUGGGAUGUAAUGUUUCCAGCUUAGCUUAAUUCUAUCAAAAGGUAACACAAGUUCAUGCAUAUAAGAUCUGCAACAUAGCCCACAUCGAUUGUUUGGAAGGUUGUUCAUAUAUAUUCUGUUAAAGUUUACUGGAUGUUUAUAGCAAUUUUCGUGAAAGGUAAUGUAUCUUUAAAUUUGGGUGACAAAAAUACUAUAUGUAGCGGUGCCGGAAGUUUUGUACACAGGUUUUCAACUCCAGAAAUAAAAAAAAAACUAUA